AUGGCCGCCGCUAUCAAGGCAAUCAACGCCAAGAUCCGCUCCAACAAGGUGACGGACUACCUCUGCUCAACCCAUUUCUGGGGCCCGGCCUCCAACUUCGGUAUUCCUUUGGCUGCGGUGAUGGACACUCAGAAGGAUGCUGAGCUUAUCUCCGGUCCCAUGACCGGCGCUCUGAUCCUUUACGCCGCUACUUUCAUGCGCUACGCUUUGGCUGUCACCCCCAAGAACUACCUUCUGUUUGCUUGCCACUUGACCAACUUCGGUGCUCAGACUACCCAGGGAUACCGUUAUCUCGCCUACUGGAAGUACACACUCUGGUUUGUAUUCUUGGGAUUUGGUGCUGACUCGGUUUGUUAUAGCUGGGGAGGACGUGAGGCGCAGCUCGCCGAGAAGGCUAAGCAGGGUGCCCAGGCUGCUGAGGCUGGUGCGUAA